CCACUGAGCCACCCAAGUGCCCCAAAUAAGGUCAUUUUAAAUGAUUAUUAUCCAUAGAAAACUUCAGAAUUAUAUUUUCUGUUUUGUCACAAUUAACAUCAUUAUUGCCCUAGCCAGUUUCAACCUGUCAUGAUAAUCUGAAAUAUUUAUUGGCCCUAUAUAAUCUUAUUAUGAUUGUCUUAAAAAUUGUGAGUAAUCUUACUCUCUUCCCUGCUCUAAUGCAUCCUUGACCCCAGUUUCUAAAGAGGUAGGCACAAGAUGGGAAACAAAUUGGAGGAACGUGGUAAAAUCAAAACGAGUGUUACGUAACCAUGAAGACAUAUUCAGAUAUUAGUUGUGCUUGAAAAUGUCAGGAAGGAUAAUUCAGAAAGUUGAAUUUUGCAGGGUGUAGGGAACAUAACACCUCAUAGCCAAGAGAGUGUUGGGGCAACGGGCAGUUACUCAGUCUGCUGAUAGCCUAGGGUGCUGGUUCACUGUGACUGUGGCUUCUUCCCACUGUAGUGUUUGAGUAUGGCUGCCUGUGAGUCUGAUUCGUGUCUCCACCAUGUGUCACAUUAUUUUGAUGGUAUCAAUGUUUUGUUCUGUGAAGGUAAUUUCUCUCUCUCCUUUGUUAAUGUUCACGCAGCUAGUUCAGUGAAGCUUGUUCACAACCAGGAACUCUCCUUCUCUGUCUCCUUUCUCUGUCUUGCAGGAACGGAGGGUGGCUUCUGGUGUUUUGUGGCUUCAUCAUUUCCUUCCUGCCUCUCAUCCACUUCAUGAUGUAAUUCUUGGCACUUUUACUUCCUUUGUAGAGUAGGAUGUGAUGUCAUAGAGAAGGGGACAGGGCUAUCCAAAUUCUCUCAAUUGCUGGGAGGAGCUGCCCAGGUGUGCUGAGGGGCCUGUACUCAGGAAGAGAAACAGGGAAUCCUCCACAGCACUAGAAAAACACCCCAACUCACCAAUGACAGCGAAGCAGAUAUUAGAAGUCAUUCAGAAAGAAGGGUUAAAAGAAACAAGUCUGGUUUCAGACCCCGGCAUGGCUUGGAGACAGCGUUGGUGUGUAUGAAGGAUCUUCCUCGAAUGAAGGAUUUGGGACAACUUUCCAUGAUGAUUAUAUUAGAGCCUCAGCUGCUUUCGUGUUGGUCAUGAGGUGAUGCUGAACCGAAUGCUUGAACUAGCAGGAGUGGCUGGGAUUGCAUUGGAGUGGUUCCGUUCAUUCCUUCCGGAAAUGGAACUUCUCCAUUAGCCUGUCUGAAUGCAAUGCUUCACACUAACACUCGAAUAGGGGAUGGAACAUUCUUCAAAAUCCCUGGAAAGUCAGGCCUCUAUGCUCUCAAAAAAGAGGAGUCGUCAUGCCCAGCUGAUGGAACAUUGGAUUUAGGCUGUGAGUCUGAACUGGAUGGCGCAGAAAUGGCAGAGGCCAAUGCCAGUGGAGAAGGAAAUGGAGUUUGUGCAAAGCAGGUAACUGAUGAAGCAUCUUCCACUCGAGAUUCAAGCCUUGCUAACACAGCAGUGCAGAGCAAGUUAGUGUCUUCCUUUCAACAACACACAAAAAAGGCUCUUAAACAGGCUUUGAGGCAGCAGCAGAAAAGAAGAAAUGGAGUCUCAAUGAUGGUAAACAAGACUGUUCCUCGUGUUGUUUUGACACCAUUAAAGGUGUCUGAUGAGCAGUCGGAUUCGCCUUCAGGCUCCGAAUCUAAAAAUGGUGAAGCAGACAGUUCAGAUAAAGAAAUGAAACAUGGGCAAAAAUCUCCCACUGGAAAACAAACAAGUCAGCACUUAAAACGAUUAAAAAAGUCUGGUUUGGGACACUUGAAAUGGACCAAAGCUGAGGACAUUGACAUAGAAACCCCAGGAUCUAUUCUUGUCAACACUAACUUGAGGGCAUUAAUAAAUAAACAUACGUUUGCUUCCUUACCUCAGCAUUUUCAACAAUACCUCCUGCUUUUGCUCCCAGAAGUGGAUAGGCAGAUGGGAAGUGAUGGAAUUUUACGCCUCAGUUCUUCAGCUCUGAAUAAUGAAUUCUUUGCAUAUGCAGCACAAGGAUGGAAACAGCGACUGGCAGAAGGAGAGUUUACUCCAGAAAUGCAGUUGCGGAUAAGGCAAGAAAUUGAGAAGGAAAAGAAAACAGAACCUUGGAAAGAAAAAUUCUUUGAAAGGUUUUAUGGAGAAAAGUUGGGCAUGUCAAGAGAGGACUCAAUAAAGCUUACUUCUGGACCAAACAAUGAUGGCGCUGAAAGCAGUUCUUCAUGUGGACCCACUGGCCUCCCAGGUCUUUCUGCACAGACUCCCUUGGAAGAGCAACAGCCAAAAAGCAUGAAAAGUCCAACUUCACCAGAGCCGGAAUUCUGUGCUAUGGUAGAUGUAGGUAAAGACCUAAUGGCAGAAUCGGAAUCAGAAGAUAUCUUGAUCCCUGAAGAAUCUGUGAUUCAGGAGGAAAUUGCUGAAGAGGUAGAGACUAGUAUCUGCGAAUGUCAGGAUGAAAAUCAUAAGACGAUACCUGAAUUUUCUGAGGGGUCUGAAAGUCCAGCCAACUCUCACGAAGAGCCCCAGGUAGCACCUCCUGAAGAUAACUUGGAAUCCUGUGUUAUGAUGAAUGAUGUUUUAGAAACUUUGCCUCAUAUUGAAGUUAAAGUGGAAGAGAAAUCAGAAUCUCCCCAGGAAGAAAUGUCGGUUGUUAUUGAUCAACUAGAGGUCUGUGAUUCUCUCCUUCCUUCCACUUCAUCUGUGACUCAUGCCAGUGACACAGAACAUAAGGAGCCAGAAGCUGCAGUAGAGACCAAUACUCCAAAAAUAAAGACAGGGUCGUCUUCUUUAGAAGGCCAAUUUCCCAGUGAAGGAAUUGCCAUAGAUAUGGAGUUACAGAGUGAGCCUGAUGAACAGCUUUCUGAAAAUGCUUGCAUCUCUGAAGCUUCCUUCUCUUCCGAGAGCCCAGAAGGAGCCUGUACCAGCCUGACAUCCCCAGGAGGGGAAACCCAGUCCACUUCAGAAGAAUCAUGUACUCCAGCCUCCCUUGAGACAACGUUUUGUUCUGAGGUGUCCAGCACUGAAAAUGCAGACAAAUAUAACCAGAGAAACCCCCCUGAUGAAAACCUUCAUGCAUCUUUGAUGUCAGAAAUAUCUCCAGUAUCCACUUCACCUGAGAUAUCAGAGGCAUCUCUCAUGUCCAAUUUACCUUUAACAUCCGAAGCAUCCCCGGUAUCAAAUUUACCUUUAACAUCAGAAACGUCACCCAUGUCGGAUUUACCUUUGACCUCAGAAACGUCUUCAGUGUCUUCCAUGCUUCUCACAUCUGAGACCACUUUUAUAUCCAGUUUGCCUCUUCCUUCAGAAACAUCUCCAAUUUCUAAUUCUUCCAUGAAUGACAGAAUGGUGCAUCAGCAAAGAAAGUCCCCUUCCAUCUCUGAAGAACCACUGUCCCCACAAAAAGAUGAAGGCUCUGCCCCUGCCAAGCCCCUGGGCGAGAGCCUUCUCUCUCAACAGAGGACUCUAUCAAAUACUCCUGAACCCGUCAAUAUGGGUUCUUCCGUUUCUCCUGAAGCAUUUCCAUCUGAAGAAUUGCACAGUAAGACUCUGAGUCAGCAGCCUUGUAAAUCACACGUUGAAACUGAGAAGCCCUAUCCUGCUUCGAUUCCAGAACUUCCUUCUAUAGAAAUGAUAAAAGUUAAAAAUCAUAAUGUCCUGCAAAGAACAGAGAAGAAAGGGGCAUCUUCACCAUUGGAGUUACCGGUCUUUUCUGAAGAGACAGAGAGUAAGGGAAACGAGCUUCCAUCAGCUAAAUUACAGGACAAACAGUAUGUCUCAUCAGUGGAUAAGGCUUCCUUUUCAGAAGGCUCUAGAAAUAAAACCCAUAAGCAAGGAAGCUCACUGAACCGAUUGGAGACCUUGCAUUCUUCCAAGUUGUCCGAGCCUUCCAAGUCACCCGACGGGAUAAGAAAUGAAAGUAGAGAAUCCGAGAUAUCAAAGAGGAAAACAGCAGAGCAGCACAGUUUUGGAAUCUGUAAGGAAAAGAGGGCUAGGAUAGAAGAUGAUCAGUCAGUGCGGAACAUAUCGUCCAGCAGCCCCCCUGAGAAAGAGCAGCCCCCCAGAGAGGAGCCCAGGGUUCCACCUCUCAAGAUCCAGCUUUCCAAAAUUGGGCCACCUUUUAUUAUCAAGAGCCAGCCAGUCUCCAAACCAGAGUCUCGCGCAUCCCCUAGCACGUCGGUCGGCGGUGGGAGGAACACAGGAGCCAGGACCCUUGCAGAUAUCAAGGCCCGGGCCCAGCAGGCAAGGGCCCAGCGAGAGGCCGCGGCAGCCGCUGCUGUGGCCGCCGCGGCCAGCAUUGUCUCCGGAGCCAUGGGGAGCCCAGGAGAGGGUGGAAAGGCGAGAACCCUGGCACACAUCAAAGAGCAGACAAAGGCGAAGCUCUUUGCAAAGCAUCAAGCCCGAGCCCACCUCUUCCAGAACACUAAAGAGUCCCGGUUGCCUGUGCUCGGCUCAAAGGAUGGGCCUCCCAGCUUAGAAGUCUCUUCUGCCCCUGAAACAAAAAUCGAAGGGUCUACUGGCGUGAUUAUUGUCAAUCCAAACUGCAGAUCUCCUAGCAACAAGUCCGCGCACCUCCGGGAGACCAGCACUGUAUUGCAGCAGUCUCUUAACCCAGCUAAACUUCCAGAAACUGCCACUGACUUAUCUGUGCAUAGCUCUGACGAAAAUGUACCUGUGUCGCAUUUAUCUGAGAAAAUUGUUUCAUCUACCUCUUCUGAAAAUAGCAGCGUGCCCAUGCUUUUUAAUAAAAAUUCUGUCCCCGUGUCCGUUUGCAGCACUGCUAUGUCGGGAGCAGUUAAAGAACAUCCCUUUGUGAGUUCUGUUGAUAAAUCCUCCGUUCUGAUGUCUGUGGACAGUGCAAACACUACGAUUUCUGCUUGUAAUAGAAGCAUGUUAAAAACCAUCCAGGGAACUGACACUCCGUGCAUAGCCAUCAUACCAAAAUGCAUCGAAAGCACUCCUAUCCCCCUCACGACAGAGGGCUGCCGUGGAUCGAGCCCCAUGGAUGACAAGCCGGCACCACUGUCCAGCAGCAGUGCUAGUAACUUAGUCUCCAGUCAGUACACCUCUGUGCCAACUCCCUCCAUCGGGAAUAACUUGCCCAGCCAUCUCUCCACUAGCUCUGUCUUGAUUCCCCCAGCGGGAGUUAAUAGCAGAUACCCUUCUGAGAAGAUAGCCAUGCCUGGGAGUGAAGAACAGGCCCCCGGACCCUUGGGUACCACUGUGAGAGCCGCCCUCGGCUGCAGGGAGUCGGUAGCAGUCACAGACGCUCUGGCUGCACGGCCACAUGUCGCAAUGUUUACUGGAAGCAUGCUAACAAUAAACUCUUACGAGAGUCCUCCCAAGUUGAGCGCCGAAAGCUUGGACAAGAAUUCAGGGCUUCGAAACAGGGCAGACAGUUCUGGGAAACCUCAGCAGCCUCCGGGGGGCUUUGCACCAGCAGCCAUAAACAGAUCGAUUCCAUGUAAAGUCAUCGUUGACCACAGCACCACGCUGACCUCCACGUUGUCUCUGACCGUCUCCGUGGACAGCGCGGAAGCCAGCUUGGACCUCCAGGGCAGGUCAGUGAGGACAGAAGCCUCCGUCCAGCCCGUGGCGUGUCCUCAGGUAUCUGUCAUCAGCAGGCCUGAGCCAGUUGCAAACGACGGCGUAGAUCACACUUCCAGUUUCCUUGCUGCUCCCGCGGCAAAGCAAGACUGUAAACCGAUGCAGGCGGCCUGUUCAGGUCUCCGAGAAGGACCCCUGGUUGUUCCAGAUAAGUUAAAUGAGGCGACUGCUCCUAGUAAUAGCUUUGCUGAGCAGGCACGGGGCCCAGCCACUUUCCAGAGUGAAACAGACACCACCUGUAGCAAUCAGUACAACCCAGGCAACCGGAUUUGCUGGACUGAGGAGGGGAUGAGGGGCCCAGGGCAGCCUCUGGUUAGUCACUCUGGUUCAAGUAAACAGAAAGACUACCUGGAGCAGAGCUGUCCAAAGCCUAUCAAAAGCGAACACGCUGGCUACUCACACAUGUCAGAACUUCAUCCCAGGAAUCUCAUGACAAAUGUCCCUCUCCCGGUGAAGUCUGAACCUCAUGACGUGGACAAGGGCUUUAGAAUGGACACCGAAGACUUCCCCGGCCCCGAGCUGCCUCCUCCGGCCGCAGAGGUCGCCCCUGGUGUGCCGCAGGCACAAAACGUGAAGGCCUCCACCUCCGGCCCCAUGGAAGAGGCCAUCUCCUUGGCUGUGGACCCCCUGAAGAGAGUCCCCAGCGCAGGGAGCUCCGGCUGCCGUCUCUCAUCCGUGGAGGCUAACAAUCCACUGGUGACACAGUUGCUCCAGGGCAACCUGCCUUUGGAAAAAGUGUUGCCUCAGCCCCGAUUGGGAGCCAAGCUCGAAAUCAACAGACUUCCUCUGCCUCUUCAAACUACCUCAGCAGGUAAAACGGCACCAGAGAGGAACAUUGUAGAAAUGCCGUCCAGCUCUCCAAAUCCAGACGGGAAGGGCUACCUGGCAGGGACCCUUGCACCGCUGCAAAUGAGAAAGCGAGAAAACCACCCCAAAAAGAGAGUCGCCAGGACUGUGGGGGAACAUACGCAAGUUAAAUGUGAGCCAGGGAAGUUGUUGGUGGAGCCAGAUGUUAAAGGGGUGCCUUGUGUCAUCAAUUCGGGCAUGAACCAGCUAGGACACGGCCAGCCUUUUAAGCAAGAGUGGCUGACCAAGCACUCCAUGCAGAACAGAAUUGUUCACAGCCCUGAGGUCAAACAGCAAAAGCGGCUGCUCCCCUCGUGUAGCUUCCAGCAGAACCUAUUUCACGUCGAUAAGAAUGGCAGCUUCCACCCCGAGGCUGGCAUCGCACACCGGCAGCAGUUCUACCAAAUGCCCAUGGCUGCCCGGGGCCCCGUCCCCAGCGCCGCGCUAUUACAGGCCUCUGCCAAGACCCCAGUGGGCUGUAACGCGUUCGCCUUCAAUAGGCAUCUCGAACAAAAGGGGUUGGGAGAGGUUGGCCUUUCUUCAGCACCUCACCAGCUGAGGUUAGCCAACAUGAUAUCCCCCAACGUGCCCAUUAAAGAAGGCGAUGACGUGGGAGGGGCCGCGCACUCCAUGCCGAACAAAGCACUGGUGCAUCCCCCGCCCCCGCCCCCGCCGCCCCCCCCACCCUUGGCUUUGCCCCCGCCUCCCCCACCGCCACCUCCGCUACCUCCACCUCUUCCGAAUGCAGAAGUCCCCUCCGAUCCGAAGCAACCGCCGGUUGCCAUGGAAACCACUAAGCGACUUAGUUGGCCACAGUCCACGGGCAUAUGUAGCAAUAUAAAAUCGGAACCUCUUUCUUUUGAGGAAGGUUUAAGCAGCAGCUGUGAACUGGGCAUGAAACAAGUUUCCUAUGACCAGAAUGAAAUGAAAGAACAGUUAAAAGCAUUUGCGCUAAAAAAUGCAGAUUUCUCUUCCUAUUUGCUUUCUGAGCCACAAAAGCCUUUUACCCAAUUAGCUGCUCAGAAAAUGCAGGUGCAGCAACAACAGCAGCUCUGUGGAAAUUAUCCAACAAUACACUUUGGUAGCACGAGCUUCAAAAGGGCGGCAUCUGCAAUUGAAAAGUCCAUUGGGAUUUUGGGAAGCGGCUCCAGUCCUGCCACGGGCCUGCCUGGUCAGAACGCUCAGAUGCCCGUGCAGAACUUUGCCGACAGCAGCAACGCGGAUGAGUUGGAACUGAAAUGCUCUUGCCGGCUGAAAGCCAUGAUCGUGUGCAAAGGCUGUGGGGCCUUCUGCCACGACGACUGCAUAGGUCCCUCCAAACUCUGUGUGGCUUGCCUGGUUGUGCGGUAAGAGCUGGUGAAAGAUGCAGUAUCCCUUUUCAACACGGAAAAGCCAAACGGCGUCAGCAGCAACAAAUUGAGUAACUCAGUGGUUUAUAUCGUGAUAAUUUAUUUUACUUUGGAACAGAUUAUCUUUUCUCUCUGGGAUUAUUUACUUGCAUUUCCCAGAAAGGGGAGGUCACGUCCCAGCAGAGUGGCUCAUCAGCAUGUCUUUUACAGAUUAAGUUGCCAUUCCCAGCUUUGGAAAAUUUCUGUCCACGUGUAUACAGGUCACUACCCCAUUCGUUAUUAUUAUUAUUAUUAUUAUUAUUAUUAUUAUUAUUUUUAAUCCAGGUGUAGAUAGGAAAAGGACAUUUUUAAUUACUUACUGCUAACCAGAAAUGCAGAUGUAGAAAGAGAACGGGAAAAGUGAUUUAAGGUGGUUGGUGAUUCAUUCUCUUGUAGAUUAACCAUUGCAACAAAGGCUUUCACAGUUGACUCUUCUGGACCUACCUUUACCACAGUGAUGCAAUCGUAUUUGGAAAGGGGAAUCUUAUUUAAAUGUACGAUUCCUUGUAUUUGCUCCUAUCUCAAAAGAUACAUUAAAGGAGGUAUGCCAUUCAUGAACUCCACUGUCCUUAUUCUCUUCCCUCCCUUGUCACUCUUUUCAGAGCCUGGCAGAAUGUCUGGCUCUGCCUUGGACCUUGUGCACACAUUGUAGUGAAAUGUGUCUUCUACCUGAAGUUGCAGUGUGGGCCUCGUGCCGGGUAAUCUGGUUCGAGCCCUUUGACACCUGAUACCGUCAGAUGAGUUGACCAGCAGAGGGCCAUAGGCCCGUAGGAUUUCAGAGCGUCAUGUGUAGCUUUAAAGAGCAAGUAUGAAAAAAAAAAAAUGCCCUAAAAUUAAAAGUAAGCAAAUAAAACGCUGUGUAUGCAAACACAUACAAAUGGGUUGUAAUGUUAAUACUGGUCCAUUCUGUUCACUCUAAAGACAAUUACUAAACACUAAAAGGGAGGGGGGCAGAAAUAAUUGUAGCCCUUUAUGGAUGACACCAGUACAUUCUGGCUUCCGACUCUGCAGAGGUUGGCCACCUCUCUUUUAAAGUGUCAUUGAUGACAAAAAGGAACUACCGAAGGGUGAAGUGUUGAUAGAUUUCUGAAAAAUGUUUUUCUCAUGAUUCACAAUCUAUAUAUUUGACUUGAAAAUAGCCCUUAUUUUAAAAACCCGUUCUAGGUAUCGCAUGUUUUGGGGUUUUUAACCCCCUCAGGUGAAUUCAGUACAUUCUUCAUAUUUGGGGGAGUGGAACUGCUUUUGAAAACGGGAUACUGCAUCUUACAAUUAUGGUCCGUGUUUAUCCAGUGAAGUCUGAAUGUUGAGGAUGGGAGCUACAUUCCACAUGCUUUGGCCACCCUCAUGCCAGAGAACAGCUGUAGGUCAGCAGGCUCUGUUCCUUAAAGCAAGUUCAAAAGCACAUGCACAUUGUGGAAAGAUGAAAGGCAGCAAAAACCACGCCCGUUUAACUUCAGAUUACAGAGCACAAAAGGCGGAGUGCCAUUAACCCACUGAUUGACUGUGGCCCUAGAAUUAAAAAAAAGAAACAAAACAUGGGGGUGGGAGGGAUCAUCUGUAUCCAGGGUAAGAAUGACAGACAUUUUCGCAUCAAUGUAAACUUCUGACAUUCCCUUAAAAACGUGUCUUAAAAAUUACCUGGAAUGAGCAGAGAUUACAUUCCUGGGGGGGUGGGGGAGGCGGGGGAAGAAAGAACACUUGUGACUUUUUUUAAUAGUAUUCCACUAUGGUACGUGUAUUUUUUUCCUCCAUAUUUAUUAUUGUGAUGUUGCCAAAUUUUGUUAGGUGAUGCAGAUGUCACAUUUAUUAAGAAAUUGCUAAUAGUGAAAGAUACUUAAAAAGAAAGAAAAGCAAAGAAGGGUCUGCCUCCGUGGCUGAGAUUUGGUGCUUCAGUACUUGUGCUUCUGUUUUUCCACACUGAAAGGAACAAAGUUUCAUGACUGAGAAAUUAGCAGGUGCACUUAACCGGCCGGUCCAGGGAAGGCAGGGUAAGUUCCAGUGGAUCCUUACUUAGUCCACUCUGCACCAGGUUGUGUUUGGGUGGCGUCCUCUCUGUGGGCUGCGUGGCCUGCAGUAGUAUCUUGGUUCAGAAAAGCAUGCUCUAGUCUCACAGAAGGGCACCCCUAAAACGGAGACACUUGUAUGCCAACUCCUUCCAGAUCCAGUUGCCGCUCUUUUGGUCAGGUACUGUCCACACCAGCAGAUUCAAAAUCACUACAUCAGUAACUGGCACGGUGUUGAAAGACACUCAUUCUAUAAAGCUUUGCACUCUGUAUAUGACAUACAGUUGAGCCUGAAGUGAUGCUGAGCUCAUUAUCAGUUCCAUCUUUGUGGAAUACUGCCUGCAAGUUACUGGGAAUAAAGUGUCCUUCUGUAUGUUUUGGUUUUUCACACAGUAGGUGAUUUUUCACAUAGUUUGGGAGAAUUGAUUGUUGAUCGGGCAUGGAUUCAGUCACCCAGGUCCAAAGAGGGUAUUUUUUCUGUGCCCUUUCUCUUUUUUACCCCAGUUUAUCUUCGCAGUGUUCACAUAUGGUUUAUAUAACUGAAAAGUUGAUAUCUUUGGGCUAAAAUAAUGAUGGAAAGAAAAAUUCAGAAGUAAAAUGUGGGUCAGAUAUUUUACAAGUGUCCACUUAAUAUAUAUAUAUAUAUAUAUAUAUAUAUAUAUAUAUAUAUAUAUAUAUACACACACACACACACACACACACACACGCAAGCCAGUAUAUUUGGAUUAGGUAAAUAGGUUACUAGUUUCCUGAUUUCCACAGGUGUCUGCCUAUGUGCAAAGGUAGUAUGUUAUUUACUACAUGGUUAUUGUGGUGUAAUGUGCAAAUGUUAGUGUGUGCAUUAUCCUGACUAUUGGACACUAUGAUAUCCCUAUCAGGAAUAGAACUUGCACAUGUAACAUGUAAUUUUUUUUUUUUUUUAUCACAAAGGAUGUAUUUCCCUAAGUAGCACUUUUGGAGCAGGGGAAGGAAGAAAAUGGCUAUUCCCUAAUCCCCCUCUUCUAUGAUAUGCAUAUGCCUGAAGUGUAUAAAAACAUUUAGGUAGAUAAUGGGCAUGUUAAUAAGAACGUUCUGAUGCAAAUUCAUUUUCAAAAUGAAAAUAUUUUUCCUUUUCCAAAGUGAGAAUAGCAGAAAUGUUGGUGAACCCAGAGCACCACAGUUAUAUAUAAUAUUUCUCUGCUAAGGUCUAGUUUGAAGGAGAAAAACUUGAAAACAAACCUCUGAGGUUGAGCCUGGUUGCUACAAAGACUUUAUGGUGGUAUGUGUUUCUGGGAUGAGCUAUUAUAGCAGGUUUAGAUGACUUCUAGACCUCAGAUGUUCUCAGUCGCUCAAAAUAAGCAUUCAAAGCCCAAGAAGCUCGUGCAUAUGGUGCUCGUAACGCAGUCAAGAGUCCGAAUACGUGACGCCGCAGCCCCAUUUUUAAACCCUCACCCAAUGUCAAAAGAGGAAGUUACUGUGGCCUUGGUUUCCCAGUUCCUUCUCGGUCUGUUGAGGUGCCAGGGUAGAGAAGCCGAAGCCAGGCUUAGGGUUGCGUCGUCUCUCCAGUGUGGACGCCAACGCCCGCUGAGCGUGCAGAGCCCAGAGUCACUGUCUUUCUGUGUUUCUAGAGAACAAUGUGAAGAGUCCUAGAAAAGGAACUCAUCAGACUGUCAGGGGCCUAUGUAGCCAAAAUGUCACUGAAUAUAAAAAUCUUCAGUCCUCAUGCUUUGUCACUGUAAAGCGAACAAAAAGCAUUUUUACUAUAAUUUAAAGGAGCUGCUUUUUUAUAGCACAUACUAUUUCGCUUUGUACUAUAUUUGAUAGUUGCAGAAUAAUUUAGACUGUAGAAAAACUUUGUUGUAUUUGUACUGUUCAUGAAUGUUUCAAAGAAAAGUGCUUUACUUGGUUGCCAUAAUUUUCUUGUACUGCUGUAUUUUCCCCCCUGCUUCCUGGAAACCUAAUCUGAUUCAUAUUUUCAGUACAGUACAAUUUUUUGGUUUUUUUUAAAUGUGUGUUUGUGUGUGUGGGUUUUUUUUUUUUUUUUUUUUGGUCAGUAUUCUGAAUGUUUACAUCUGUUUGACAUUAGCCAUUUAAUGCCUUUUUAAAAAAUAAAAAUAAAAAAAAGGCGGUAUUACUCCUACAGUGUAACAGCAAAAUGUGAAAUCAACCCAAACAUAACAUGCAUGACAAACACAGAUUGGGGGCGAAGGCCCUGAACAUACAGACAUUUUCUAUCAGCAUACAGAAAAGAGAAACCCUCCUUCAGUCCUCUACCAAAGAAUAUAUUGUUCCCACAGGAAAAACUCAGAAAAGGUGUGUAAAACCCUCAGAAGGGAGAGCAGUUGGUUCAGUAAGACUGCUACAAUUUAAUACUGUUAUGCUUGCUUUGAUACCUGACUAAAUGUGACUGAGUGCAACGAGCAUUUAAACAAUUUUUAGACAGUGUUUUGUUUAGAAUUCAGGGAUCAUGCAUUCUUUAAUGGUGCUGUUUGUUUUUUUAUUUCUUUUCUACAAAGAAAAAAGUGUUGCCUACAAAAGUGACUGCUCACAAUACCAUAAGUUAAAUGAAAUGUUUGUCUCUUCCAUGUUUCUCUGUUUAUCCCUUUCUCAAAGUAACAAUUUGGGUUUCAAUAUUAAAAUAUUCUGGAGAAAAUAAAGAAAUUCAACAGUAAA